GGAAGUUCCGUUCCGUCGUGAACUGGGACAGCAAGCGACUCUCCGAUCUGCAGUCAGCUGACCUCCGGUUUCUCUGUCCUCUCUGACUCCAGCACCUCUUACAGUGUAUGUGUGGCAACAACAUGUCUGUGCCGCUGCUCGCUGAGGCCGUGACGGUGCCUGGGGGAGAGAAGGAGACCGCAGCGGUGAUCUUCCUUCAUGGUUUGGGAGACUCAGGGCAUGGGUGGGCAGACACUUUGACGCAGAUCCAGCUGCCGCACGUCAAGUUCAUCUGCCCCCACGCGCCCCCGAUCCCCGUCACUCUCAACAUGAAGAUGAUGAUGCCCGCGUGGUUUGACCUCAUGGGUCUCAGGCCUGACUCCCCAGAAGACGAACCUGGAAUCAAGAAGGCAGCAGACAGCAUCAACGCCAUCAUCGAACAUGAGGCUAAAAACGGCAUCCCCCCACACCGUAUAAUACUCGGUGGCUUCUCUCAGGGUGGGGCCUUGUCCUUGUACACCGCCUUGACCUGCCAGCAUCAGUUGGCUGGUGUUGUGGCUCUCAGUUGCUGGCUACCACUUCACAGGAGUUUCCCAUCGGCAUCAAGCGGCCACAAGAAUAUCCCCAUCUUGCAGUGCCACGGUGAGAUGGACAACAUGAUCCCAGUGCAAUUUGGUGCCAUGACGGCAGAAAAACUCAAAUCAAUAGUCAACCCUCAGCUGAUUACCUUCAAAACCUACCCAGGGGUCCCUCACUCCUCCUGUCCUCAGGAGAUGGAGGCUGUAAAGGAAUUUAUUAAGAAGUAUUUGCCCCGGAUCUGACCUCACCUCAUCCCUACUGUGACCCCCUGAGACACUGACCUCUCACCCCCCUCUCCCCCCUCCAAUCUGCCAUUCUCCCAAAGGAAACAGCCAUGAGCACCCCCCCUUCUUCCACACACAUUGACAAGAUAACAAACACACGCAUGAACACGCACUCACAUUUUCACGGUAAAGAUUGGAUCCACACUUCUAAAAAAAACAUCUGCUUCUCAUGCAGUCCAAGCUAACGACACUCAAACUGAAAACAGAUCUGUCACACACUGAUUUGAUAACAACAUAAUUAAGUGCUAGCACUUACAAGUCUUAGCCUUCGGAGGGAGAAACACUGACUCACACAGAACAUUCCCUUUGGAUUUAUUUAAAACCUGUCUGUCGCCUCCAUCCUGAUCCCACUUUUACUCCAUUUUUACCUCAUUUUGUUUCAUCUUUCCCUUCCUUCAGCUGUCACAUCCUCCGUUGCUUCCACUGCCACGCCUCUCCCUCUUGCAUUGCUGUUUCAGUUUGUAAGAAAUACACCCUACCUGAUUCUGUUUGUGACCAUACUGACCGUAUAACUCCAGUAGAGUUAGCGUGGUGUGAUCCCACACAGUCUUGCUCAGGUGCAGUGAGCGCUGGUUUUUAGGUGGUUUCAGAACUGGAGCAGCUGGUUUCCCCAUCAACACAUCCACCACACUACCUACCACCCCAUGACAGAACAAUGCAGCCUGUCCUGGUCUUGCAUCAGUAAUCUACGAAGGCUCCUUUUUAAUGAAAUUUCUACAGGAGCCUUUCUUCUCUUUUUUAAAUGAGUGUGAUUAAAAUUUGCUGCAUUAUAUGAAUAAAAUCCAAUUGAAAUAAAACGUAUCAAUCGAUAUUUUUGCUACCCUGCGCUGUUUAUUUCAAAAACUACCACACCUGCAUGUUAGUAGUUUCUUUCUGCUUUGAUUAUGUGAUUCUUUAUGUAAAAGUACCUCAGUUGAUUUCUUUUCUUUUUU